AUGGCUGAAUCACACAUUUCGUCACAUUCGCAGAAUCCGCAAAGCCUGGACACAUCUCUCAUGGUGCAGCUAGCUAGGAAGAUUACUGAAGAGACGGAAAAGCUCGAUGGGUAUCUCAAGGCCAAUGGUUUUCCGGACUUGGGCUUCGAUGCCAAUGCCCCUGGAGAUCUUCCCAAGUUGCCGGAUGACAUACAGAGAAGUCGCAUUGAGAUCUCCUCGGCAACCAAACAGCUGGAACUUCUUAUUCGGGGACCCAGAGAAACUGUCAGAUGGGGCAUAUGGACCAAUCUCGUGCCUCUGAAGGGAUCUAUCGCGUUGGCGGAACUCCAAAGCAAGACUGGACUGGACCGCAUAAAUCUGGCUCGCGCUCUUCGUCAUGCUAUGACAAAUAAGAUCUUCCAAGAGCCGACACCAGGGCUCAUAGCACACACUGCGGCGUCAAGGAUGCUUGCUCAGGACGCCAGCCUCCAAGCCUGGGUAGGUUUGAAUGGAGAGGAUUUCCUUCCAGCCGGGGCCCAUACCUUGGAAGCUCUUCGUGCCGACUCAGAAGCAACCUCACUCACACGGACCGGCUUCAACUAUGCAUGGGGGACGGUGGAUAAAGAGCCAAUGUUUGCAACAUUCGGUAAGGACCCUCCCAGAGGGAAGCGAUUUGCAGAGGCUAUGGCAAGCCUGACAGGCGGCGAGGGCUACGAGGUUCGCUACCUUGUCGAGAACUACGACUUUUCCGAAAUCAACAACAACGCAGGCACAUUGGUGGAUGUAGGUGGUAGCCAUGGCUUCGUGUGCGUCGAUCUUGCCAAGAGAUGGGACAAAAUGAAAUUCGUGGUACAAGAUUUGGCAAAGACAAUCAGCAGCGCCCCAGAGCCGAUAUGCGCAAAUGAAGAGGUAGCUCAACGCAUAUCUCUUCAGGUCCAUGAUUUCUUUACUGAGCAGCCAGUCAAGGAUGCUGAUGUGUACUACUUCCGCUGGAUACUUCAUAACUAUUCAACUCCAUAUGCCGUCAAGAUCCUCAAAAACUUAGUCCCAGCUCUCAAACCGGGAGCGCGUGUCAUCAUCAACGAUCAUUGUCUCCGUGAGCCGGGGGUUGAGAACCACUGGGAUGAAAAAGUCAUGCGGAGUAUGGACCUGUUGAUGUUGACCUUGUUGAAUGCACAGGAGCGGACAGAAAAGGAGUUUGAGGAACUCUUUAGGGCUGCCGAUGAGCGCUUUGUAUUUAAAAAGGCCUGA